AUGGUUUACACGCUCCUCGUCCACACGAACAUGCUUUGGUUCGCUACUCGUCUGUCUUGGUCUCUUUGGUAUGUUACCAGACAAACCAAGCAGGUCCUGAGCAGACGUUGGAAAGCAAGCCAGGAGGACUUCGUCGAUGACCCUGAUCCGUCCGUUUCAAAGUUCAACGAUCCCGAGGUGUACGAGGUGGGUGACCAAGAGGUGAUUCAUGCUAUUAUACUACCUAACUAUGGGGAGAAUCUCCAUACGCUUAUGACUACUUUGAACGUGUUUGCUAGUCACCCACGAGCUCGUUCGCAGUAUGAGAUCUAUCUCGCAAUGGAGCAGAAGGAAACCGAAACCGCGGACAAAGCUCAGAAACUCAUCUCGAAGUUCGAAAAGUUCUUCCUCCACGUUCGAAGCAUGUUCCACCCCGCAGGGUUACAAGGAGAGAUUGCAGGCAAGAGCUCGAAUGUCGCCUUUGCAGCUCGUCAGAUCGUCCAUGUCCACCGUGCAGAGCUCAGUCCUGGCUCCUGCAAUGUCAUCAUCACAGUGAUUGACGCCGAUACGCAUCUGUGGCAGGACUGCUUCACCGAAAUUCGUCGUCUCCAUUAUGCCCACCUCACAGACGACACAGACCGCACCCUCUAUUCCUGCCCGAUCAUCUUCGACCGCAACUCCCACGAAAGUCCCAUACUCGUCCGCUGUGCAGAUCUUAUUUGGGGCUUCGCUGGUCUCUCGACCAUGUACCCAGGCACGACCAUCUCGAUUCCAACAUCCGUGUACUCGUUACCAUUGUCUCUAGCUGAGAAGGUCGGUGGCUGGGACAGCGACCCAACUGCAAUCGGCGAGGAUAUGCACACGAUGCUCAAAUGCUACUUUGAAACCGCUGGCAACCUGCUCACGCGCGUGGUCUACGUCCCCGCUAGCCAGUGUAACGUGUCCGGUGAUACGGCCAGAGAUCGAAAGAUAUCCAAGUACCGUUGA